CAGGACAGUGGGCGAAACCGUUAGCACGCGCUGAGAGCAUCAUCCGGGAUCCUCCCACCGGUGACACGAGACUAUUUAUGCAGCCUGCAGCCUCUGCCGAGGAGACCGAGGAACCUGGACGCGCGCGGCUCGCCAAACCUGAAGCCCUCUCCUGCGGAGUGCCAGCUCUGGCUGUCACCAUGCCUCUUCUGGAUGAAAGCUCUCUGCCCAGAGACUGCCCUCCAACUGUGCCAGUCGUCAUCAUUGGUAAUGGUCCCUCAGGUAUCUGCCUGUCGUAUCUCCUAAGCGGGUACACACCCUAUUUAGAUCCAGCAGCCGUACAUCCAAACCCCAUCCUUUACCACAAGUUACAGGAGGCCAAGCAUUUGUCCAUCACUGAGCAGAACCUGGAGUACCUGUGUGAGGGUUUAGAGGGCCGUUCAGGGAACCCAGUGGCAGUACUCUUCGAUACGCUUCUUCACCCAAAUGCAGACUUGGGCUUUGAGUUCCCACCAGUGUUGCAGUGGAGGCUGGAGAAGCAGCAUCACAUCCCACACCUGGUCCUGGGCAAAGCCACACCAGGUGGCGCCUGGCAUGCAAUGGAAGGAUCUAUGCUGACCAUUAGUUUGGGCACUUGGAUGGAGCUUCCAGGGGUCAACUACAGGGACAUUACUCCUGGCAAGAGGAGGAGCAUGACCAAUGACCGGGCCACUCCUGAGGAGAUCUCUUCCUAUUAUCAGAAUUAUGUAAAGCUCAUGGGUCUCCAGAAGAACUUUGUAGACAACACCUAUAUCACCUCAAUUCAGAAACUCCACCGUGGUCAAGACAGCAACCUUGUGAAAGAGAAUGGAACAGAAAAUGGCAGCAAGAAUGGUCAGGUCAAUGGAACAGAAAACGGGUUUGACGGAAUAGAAGACGGCCACAAUGGAAGGGAAAAUGGGUUCAGUAAUGGCUUCGAGAAUGGCACAGAAAAUGGUAGUGGACGAGGUAACACAGGAGAAGAGGAGAAAAAGAGGAAGAGAGGAAUUGAGAGUGUGAGAGAGAAUGGGAUACCUCAGGGGCUUUCCCAGGGACUGUGGGAGGUCAGGGGCUACCAGCAGCUCCAGGAUGAUGCCCAUAUCCCUUUCUGUCUGUUUGCUGAGAACAUUGUCUUAGCGACAGGGGCGUAUGACUCGCCAGCUCGUCUGGGUGUGGAAGGUGAGGAUCUUCCUUAUGUGUUCCACAGUGUGCGUGACCUUGGAGUAGCAGUCAACCGCCAUGGCAACUUGGGCACUACCUCUGACCCAGUGUUGGUGGUGGGGGCAGGCCUUAGUGCCGCUGACGCAGUGCUGUGUGCCUACAACCACAGCAUCUCAGUGCUGCAUGCUUUUCGAAAGCGAGCUGAUGACUCCAGCCUCAUCUUCAAACAGCUACCAAAGACGCUGUACCCAGAGUAUCAUAAGGUCUACCACAUGAUGUGUUCUCAGACCCACUCAGCACCCCACAUUGCCAACUGUGGCGUCAAUCCUGCAGUCCCUAGUGCUUCCUCAGCACUGUUCCCAGACUACACCAGCUUUCCUGAGCACUGCGUACUUUCUUUCCAGCCUGACAUGCGCUGCAUAUUGAGGGGACCCAAUGGCAUACUGAGAGCCUUCAAAGUCUCGAUGGUGUUGGUUCUGAUUGGAACCUAUCCAAACCUGUUCUUCUUAAAGGAGCAAGGUCAGUACUUGGGCUUGGACCCCACCAGGCCCAUCUCCUGCAGGCAGAACCCUGUGGACAUAAACCCUUACACAUUUGAGUGUAAUGCUGAGCCAGGACUGUUUGCCAUGGGUCCUCUGGUAGGGGACAAUUUUGUGCGCUUCCUGAAGGGAGGUGCUCUGGGAAUUGCCAGCUGCCUGCUAAAGAGACUAAAACAAAUGAAGAAGAAAGGGGAAUUGAUUGCUGACAAAGGAGGGUGUGGAAGAGUUGGGCGAGGUGAUAGAGGAGGAGGAGGAUUUGUCUGAGAAAAUUCUGCAGAAUGGAAUGGGCAAAUUAUUUUUACAUGUAUGCAGUGGAUACAUAUAUUUUUUAAUGCUUCAGCUUUCUUAUUUUUAAAAGUAUACAAAAGAGUAAAAGAUACGAAAAUGUAAACUGUCCUUUUCUACUGUCUUAUAAAAAUGACAGUGCAGGAUACAGGAGUAAUGUGCCAAUAUUUCAUAAUUUGUAUUUCAUCUACAAACGAGUAGAUUGUUCAGGUUUUUUUUUCCUUUGUGAUGCACAUACUGUAAAUUGCCUUAUUUUUAAAUCAUGAUGUACUUCUUUCUCUGACAUGACUAUGUAGACAGUGAAACUCCCGAACCAUUCCAUUUUUGCUGUGAAUAAGUGCACUAAGCUGUGCAAAAGAGCAAAACUUACAAAGCACUAGUGAUAAGAUGACAUGGCUGAUGUACAAAGCUUUAUGGCCAAAUCCCUUGUCUUGUCUGGAGGUUGUAAGAAAUUGCACAGAAUUAUUAUUGUUACUUUUGACUAGGCUCAACUUGGAGAAGAAUCGAGAACUAAAACAAAACGCACAAUCAGGAGGGUCUGCAUAGCGGACUUUUUCUGAAAGAUACCAAUACGCAUUUAACAGCUAGCGCCCAACUCCAAAACGUUUUAAGCGUCUUCCUCUUCUUGGAUCCCUGCUUUUAAAGAAGAGCCAACCCCAGUAUAAAAGGGGACAACUGCAAAGGGCAGCAUUUUGAAUGAGCAGUGCACAGAUCUUCUCCACUCGCACCCAUUUGUCAGAUUAGUGAGUUGUCUGUUUAUUAAGUAAACCUACCUUGCACCUACACUCAUUGGCCAUUUGAUCAUUUUUUUAAGGCAUCAGUGUUUUGUUGAUAAUGAUCCACCACCUGAUCAAUUUCUACUGAUAUAGUAGAUAGGGCUUGAUGAAUUUAGCUAUAGCCAGUAAUUGCGCUACACUACAGUACUGUCCAAAGUCAAAGACCACUCAUUUUAUUUCAGCAUGGCCAUUAGACACAAGUAGUUCAUUUUCAGAUUUUUCAGAGUAGAUAUAAGAGGAAAGUCAAACGAAAAUAAGUGGAAAAAAAAGUGUUUCUAAUGCUAGAGCUCAAAAAAUUAUUAUAAGACACUAACAAAACUGUCACCAUCAGGUAAACAGUACUUAAAGCUUAAAGGGGACAAUUAAACUCCAUUUAGUAGGUAUACCUGAUCGAAUGGUCAAUGAGUGUACAACAGGCAUGUCAAACUGGGGACCUUCCAGGCCAAAGUGCUGCGGUGAUCAGCGUUUACUCCAAAUUCCAUUCAUAAAGGCCUUGCUAAUUAGCUGAUGAGCUGAAUCAGGUGUGUUUAAAAGAGUCAGUGUGCUGAAGUCUGCAGUGCUUUGUCCUGCAAGGACUGGAGCCUGACACACAGAUCACAAAUCUUAUGUACUUCUCUUUAAAGUAACUACUGCUAAGGCAACAGCAGAGAAAACAAUAGAUGUUCAAUGAACUAAAGUGGAUGAAGCAAAUUGAAACCAUGGUUGUCUACAGCCUUCCUUUGAGGUCCUUGCUUUUUAUGAGUGUUAAUAGAGAUUUCUAUGCAAUGUGUAGGGAAGUGCGGGCCUUAACAGGAACAUAGCCCCGAAGAUCCUUAUAAUCCCCAAUUGAAUGUAAAUCUUCUCCACUGGACAUGAUUGGCCACGUACCUUGCAUGAUGGCUCUUCCAUGGAAGUGUUCCAGUGACUCUAGUUUGUGAUGCCAAUAAUGUUUAUGCCUUAGUAAAUCCAUUAACUCAAAACCUAUUCACCUCAAGUUUCUUUGUUCGCCAAAUUUAAAAAAGCUGUGAAAAAAAUUCUGGAAGAAUAACAUUUUUGAUUUGACUUAAAUGUUAACUUGGAAUUCUAUCCUGUACUGUAAGUUAUCUUACUUAUGUCUGUACUAAUAGUAGGUAAGGUAUGUAGCACCUGAGAAUUCAUAGGUACAGUGGUAUUCUUGCCAAAAUAAUAACCCAUAAAUAAAACACAUUCUAGUAGACUUGUAAGAAAGUUAUACAGUAACAGGUCCGUGAGUGAACCAAGGAAACAAGCAUGAUGCAGCUUCCCCGCCUGACGGCUCUUCUAAACUUGACUGCAUUCUGACUUUGCAAGCUGGUGAAUGUGACUGCUCGACCUUGUAAAAUGAAAAUGAGGUUUUAAUACAUGUUUUGUAUACAGUAUUUUUUAUUAUGCACAAAUAAAACUUUUUAAAAUA